AUGACCUCAUCUCUGCUUGCAGAGGAUGGGGUCAUUCCCCAACCCUCCACUAACGGCACUCUAAGUUUUGAUACCAGUGUCUUUCGCACAUACCUCGAAGCUUUGCUUCAGCCAGUCAUGUCUGCAUCCCUAGACAACUUAUCGAGCUUAUUCGCUGACCCAAGCUUUGACGAAAAAGCCCUGCGAUUCGCUACGGACCCCGCAUGUCAGGUGGUCUAUAUCACGAAACGAUACAUUGACGGUGAUGCAUCUCUCACGUAUCAGCUGCAUCUGCCUCCGACCCCUGCCCAUUCCACUGCCACCCAGUCCACACUUGCUUUGAUCAAAUCAUCUCCAACGCUGGAUUCUCUCUCCCCCCUAGGCUCCCAACUACAUUUCGUGCUACUCUCCUCGUCGGCAGCUCCUCCUUUAGUCCAGGAUGAUAUCCCGUCCGGACCUUCUACAGCAGUCACCACGCCAUCCGUAUCUACUCCUUACGACGGUCUUCACAGUCUCGUUCACUGGGGAGUCGCCCCGUGGUUUGACAGCUAUGUUUCCUCCAAGCAGAUUUUGGAGGGGCCUCAGGUCAGCAAGAAGACCGGCGACGCCGGAAUGGGUAUCCCCGUAACGAAGAAAAAGUUCGCGGAACUCGAACUCUCCCUCCUUCACCUCAAGCAGAAUGUGGAGAUUCCAGAAGCUCAUCUCUCCGUUCACCCUACUAUCCGCAAAGCGGUCGCGCAAUGUCACUCCUCCGGUACCAGGGUUUCCGUCGAUGCUGUGCCCAAUUCUGAGGAUCCUACGCUCCUCAACAAGCUCCAGUCCGACGUCAAUUCCUGGAUCAAAGAGGUACAAGCAGUCACGCGACUCUCUCGCGACGUCUCCUCUGGCACUGCCUCGCAGGAGAUCAAUUUUUGGCUCUCCAUGGAGCACGCUUUAGAGGGUAUCGAAACCCAACUGCGAGGCGAGGAAGUCACUCUGGCUCUUGAUGUUCUCAAACAUGCCAAACGAUUCCACGCCACGGUCAGUUUCAUCGCGGACACUGGUCUCAAGGAGGCUGCCGACGUGGUCCACAAAUACAACGUCUUGAUGAAAGAUUUUCCCCUCGACGAGCUCCUCGCAGCGACAGACCUCGAAAAGGUCCGAGAUGCCGUCUCGCUCAUCUUUGCGCACCUGAACAAGAAGCUCAAGCUCUCGCCGUAUCCUAUCCGAAGGACUUUACCCCUCGUCGAAGCUAUCUCGCGCGAUUUCAAUGAUCAGCUCUUGCGCGUGCUUUCUGGCCAGCGCCUCAUGUACAUGGAGUAUCAGAAGUUUGAGCAAGUCAUCGCCUCCGUUACCGAGGUCUUUGCCACUUGGGACGAGAACAUGAAGGACUUUACCAAUGUCGCGCGAGAGGUGUCACGCAAGCGAGCUGAGAAAUUCAUCUCCAUCAAGAUCAAUCCCGCGCACGCUCAACUUCAGGAAAGGAUAGCAUACCUUGGGCAGUUCCGACGAUCACACGAGCAGCUCCAGCGAAUGACGACGGAUCAGGAUCUCUUGGACUCCGAGGAAGUCCGCUUGAGCUAUGAGAAUGUCAAGAAUGUCGAUGUCCUCGAUGUGUCUGAGCCAACGAUCUGGAACGCCGCAGAGAGCGCUUACAACGAUCGCGUGGCACGUAUCGAGAACCAGAUUAUCUCUCGCUUGAGAGACAAGUUGGCGACAGCUCGUAAUGCCCAGGAGAUGUUUAGAGUGUUCUCCAAGUUCAACUCACUGUUUGUGCGACCCAAAAUCCGCGGCGCUAUACAAGAGUAUCAGACGCGACUGAUCGAUUCGGUCAAAGACGACAUCCUCCGCCUCCGUCAAAAGUUUACCGCCAAUUAUCGCACAUCUCAAGCAUGCCACAUGUCUCAAUUGCGCGACUUCCCAUCCGUAUCCAGCGCCAUCAUCUGGGCUCGUCAGAUCGAAAGGCAGCUGCUGACAUACAUGAAGCGGGUCGAGGACGUUCUCGGCAAAGGCUGGGAGAGCUAUGCUGAGGGUCACAAGCUCCAGGUUGAGAGUGCUGCUUUCAGAGCCAAAUUGGACACACGCCCUUUGUACGACGCUUGGAUCAAUGAGAUCACUCGACGAGGCAACCUGACCAUUAAUGGCCGCCUUUUUGAUGUCACUCGUAGGGGCCACCUCCAGCUUGUGGUGCAAUUCGAUCCGCAAGUCAUCGCUCUGUUUAAAGAGGUCCGUGGCUUGAUUUGGCUCGGCUUCCCUGUGCCGUUGACUAUCAGUCAUCGAGCUAAGGACGCCAAACGGAUCUACCCUCACGCAGUAAGCUUGAUGGAAUCGGUCCGGACGUAUACUCAGACCAUCGAUCUCAUCGAGGCGAACCCCGAUCUUGGCAUUCUUCUGGCCAGCUACCGCAAUCACGCGCAGCAAAUGAUCUCUCGAGGUAUCAACAUGCAAUGGGACUACCUCACGCAUGGUGGAGGCGAAUCUCGUCACUUCUUAUUUGUUCGGGAAUUCGCCAGCUCAGUGUCUCUGCUCCAGGACAAGACAAUGGCCCUCAUUGAGAUCUCGGCUGAGAUCUCAAGCACUAUACAGGAGCUCGAGACUUGCGGGCACGAGGCGUUCCCCGCUCACCUCAACUCUAUCCAGAAGACCAUUGAUCACCUAAACUUGGAGAAUUACAGCAAUCUAGACGCCUGGGUAGCAUCGCUCAAUGAACGGAUCGAUGUCGUUCUGAAGACCCGCUUGAUGCAGGCCAUUGAGGCAUGGUGCGAAGACUUCUCCAACAGCACGUCUCCGGUCGUCCAUUCGAUCCAGAUUCGCAAUCAAGUCAUCUAUCUAGACCCACCCAUCGAGUUUGCGCGUCAAGAUUGGCUGGCGCAGUUCCAGCAGUCGCUCGGAGUGAUCUGCUGUCUUGAUCGGAUCCGAAGCUCGCGAUAUGAGAUUAGUCUGCAGGACGAUCAAACGGAUACGUAUCUCAACCUACUCGACUCGCUUGACAUCCUCGAGAAGCCAUUAGCCUUGAUCGAGGACAAGGUGCAAGAAAUCAGCAAGUACGUCGAUAAGUGGCUUCAAUUUCAGUCCCUGUGGGACCUCGAAGCGGAGGCUGUCUACCAGCGCCUCGGUGAUUCGCUUCCGCAAUGGGACCGACUAUUGUCCGACAUUCGUCAAGCUCGGUCUACGUUCGACACCACGGAUACUCGGAGAGACUUUGGCAUCUGUGUGAUCGAUUACGCCAACGCUCAGAACAAGGUCAACGCCAAGUAUGACUCUUGGCAGCGUGAUCUUCUCACCCGUUAUGGAAGCAGACUUGGAGUAUCGAUGAAGGAAUCUUACGCGGCGUUGCUCAAGGCUCGGACAGAUCUAGAGGGACUCGCCAUCGAGGGUAGUUCGACUGCCCAAGCCGUCUCCUUCAUCACCUUCGUCCAGGAUCUCAAGCGCAAGUCAUGGCCCAUCGACCAAUUCCAUGCUGGUCAGAAGACACUCGAACGCCAACGAUACGCUUUUCCCACAGAUUGGCUCCAUGUCGAUCAGAUUCAAGGCGAAUGGAGCGCGUUCAAUGACAUUCUUAAGCGCAAAGAUGAUUCGAUAAAGGACCAGGUAGCCGGACUGCAGCUCAAGAUCGUCGCCGAGGACAAGGUGGUGGAUCAACGAAUCAAUGACUUUUGCACCGAAUGGGAGGUGAACAAGCCUCUCCAGGGAAGCAUCAAAGCAGAAACCGCUAUCAACACUCUGAACGUCUUUGAUGGCCGUCUGACACGCCUCUCCGAGGAGUAUGAGCUCGUCUGUCGAGCCAAGGAGGCUCUUGAUCUCGAGCAUGCCAAGCAUGAUAGGCUGCAGCCGGUCACCGAGGAACUUCGUGACUUGAAAGCCGUCUGGACAGCCUUGUCAGGCAUCUGGGGACGCUUGGCUCAACUCCGUGAGACGCCCUGGUCGACCGUCCAGCCUCGCAAGGUGAGGCAGGAACUCGACGCGAUUCUCGCUUCCACGCGUGAAAUGCCCAGCCGCAUGCGUCAGUACGCCGCUUUCGAGUACGUUCAAGAUGCUCUUCGAACCCUGCUCAAGGUCAACGUACUUGUCUCCGAGCUCAAGUCAGAAGCCCUGCGCGAGAGACACUGGAACAAGCUGUACAAGGCGUUGUCAAGCGGACAUCAAUCUGGCAUGACGCUCGGACAAGUCUAUGAUCUCGAUCUAAGGAAGAACGAGUCCUUGAUCAAAGAAGUGGUUGGGCAGGCUCAAGGCGAAAUGGCUUUGGAGGAGUUCUUGAAACAGGUCCGGGAGACCUGGACUUCUUAUUCUCUCGAUCUCACAAAUUAUCAGAACAAGUGCCGACUGAUCAGAGGAUGGGACGAGCUCUUUACCAAGUGCGGCGAGCAUCUCAAUUCCUUCUCUGCGAUGAAGUUGUCUCCGUACUACAGAGUCUUCGAGGAUGAUGCUGCGUCUUGGGAGGACAAACUGAAUCGCAUUCAUGUUCUCUUCGACGUAUGGAUUGAUGUUCAGCGUCAAUGGGUAUAUCUCGAAGGCAUCUUCGCUGGCAGCGCCGACAUCAAACACCUGCUGCCGGUGGAAAGCUCUCGAUUUCAGAACAUCAACACCGAGUUCUUGACGGUCAUGAAGAAAGUCAACAAGUCACCUUUCGUCCUCGAUAUUCUCAACAUUCCUGGUAUUCAGAAGAACCUCGAACGUCUGGCGGACCUCCUCACCAAGAUUCAGAAAGCACUCGGCGAGUACCUCGAGAAGGAGCGAUCAUCCUUUCCUCGAUUCUACUUUGUCGGAGAUGAAGAUUUGUUGGAAAUAAUAGGUAACAGCAAGGACAUCGUGCGAAUCAUGAAGCAUUUCAAGAAGAUGUUCGCAGGUAUCGCUCUUUUGCAGCUGGACGAGUCGGAGUCGCAGAUUCUCGGCUUUGCUUCAAAAGAAGGUGAACAGGUCAGCUUCCGCUCGCCCAUCAACCUCAAGGACUAUGCCAAGAUCAACGAUUGGCUUGCCAAGGUCGAGUCCGAGAUGCGCCUGUCACUUGCUGCUCUCCUGUCACAAGCCGUGAAAGACUUUAGCUUCUUCGAUCCCGAUAGCAAUCUCGACCGAUUCCUUCCUUGGAUCGAAUCGUAUCCAGCUCAGCUCGUCGUACUUGCUGCGCAGAUCGCGUGGACUAGGCUUGUGGAGGCCCACUUGGACAGCUUGGAUACUGUGCUGGCGAUAAUCACACGCUCGCUCGAUCUUCUGGCGGAUACGGUGCUACAGGAUAUCCCCACUCUGCAACGCCAAAAGUGCGAACACCUUAUCACAGAGCUCGUACACCAGCGAGAUGUUGUACGUUCUCUUAUUAACAGCGGUAUGCGCGAUCCAUUUGAGUGGUUGUAUCACAUGCGUUUCUACCUCAACGAAUCAAUUGCCGAUCCCCUCGCUCAGCUCGAAGUCAAGAUGGCCGACGCCGUCUUCCCAUAUGGCUACGAGUAUCUGGGCAUUCCCGAUCGGCUCGUACAAACUCCGCUCACAGACCGGUGUUAUUUGACCUUGACCCAGGCACUCCAUUCGCAAUUAGGAGGAUCGCCCUUCGGUCCCGCUGGAACCGGCAAGACGGAGUCUGUAAAAGCCUUGGGCGUUCAAUUGGGCCGCUUUGUCCUAGUCUUUUGUUGUGACGAGACAUUUGACUUUCACGCCAUGGGUCGCAUCUUCGUCGGCCUCUGCCAAGUCGGCGCAUGGGGAUGCUUUGACGAGUUCAACCGCUUGGAAGAGCGUAUCUUAUCCGCGGUCUCGCAACAAGUACAGACCAUUCAACAGGGCUUACAAUCUGGGAGUGGCGAGGUGGAGCUCGUCGGCAAAAAGCUGAUCAUCAACCAACGCACUGGUAUAUUCAUCACCAUGAACCCUGGCUAUGCUGGUCGAUCCAAUCUCCCGGACAACUUGAAAAAGCUGUUCCGAAGCAUGUCUAUGACUCGACCCGACCAAGAAUUGAUCGCGCAAGUUUUGCUCUUCUCAAGAGGUUUCCGAACAGCAGAGACUCUCGCGUCAAAGAUUGUGCCAUUCUUCAAUCUUUGUCUUGAGCAGCUUUCUGGCCAACCUCACUAUGAUUUCGGCCUCCGGGCACUCAAAGCCGUGCUCGCGAGCGCUGGAGUAUUGAAGCGAGAUCAGCCGGAAAGGAUGGAGCAACAGAUCAUGAUCCAGUCUGUGACUGAAACAAUCGUGCCCAAGCUGGUGGCGGAAGAUGUGCCUCUGCUUCGAGCGCUGCUUGAAGAUGUUUUCCCGGGCGUCGAGUAUGUUCCCAUUAAUCUCGACAAGCUCAAGGAAAAGAUCGUCGAGGUCUGCACGGAGCGCAAUCUCGUUGCCGGUCCGGCUUGGAUCGAAAAGGUCAUUCAACUGUACCAGAUCCAAAAGAUCUCCCAUGGUUUGAUGAUGGUCGGACCAUCUGGUUCGGGAAAAACUCAGGCUUGGCAGGUCCUUCUCGCAGCGCUCGAGCGCUUUGAUGGCAUUGAGGGUGCGCCUUAUGUCAUUGACCCCAAGGCUAUCGACAAGGAAGCUCUGUACGGGACGCUGGAUCCAACCACGCGCGAAUGGAAUGAUGGUCUGUUUACCCAUAUACUGCGAAAAAUCGUGGACAAUGUGCGAGGGGAGACGACAAAACGCCACUGGAUCAUCUUUGAUGGAGAUGUUGAUCCUGAGUGGGUCGAAAAUCUCAACAGUGUGCUUGAUGACAAUAAGCUACUGACUCUCCCGAACGGCGAGCGGCUCAAUCUGCCGCCCAACGUGAGAGUCAUGUUCGAAGUCGAACACCUCCGAUUUGCCACUCUUGCCACAGUCUCUCGGUGUGGUAUGGUGUGGUUCAGUGACCAAGUGAUUGAAACCGGUAUGAUUUGCCGUCACCAUCUGAACAAGCUCGCAACGGCAUCCGUGGAGACCGAAGAAGAUUACAGCGACCUUGUGACUCAAAAGCGGGUGGUAGACAUCCUCGAGCCAUUCUUCGAGGAUGAUGGCCUAGUUGCCGUUGCUUUGGAUUUUGCAAUGUCGAGGGCACACAUUAUGGAUUUUACAGUCAUCCGGGCGCUCAACACUCUGUUUUCACUUUUGGGCGCUACGAUUCGCAAUGUCGUCGAGUACAAUGCUCGACACCCAGACUUUCCACUUCCUCUGGACCGUAUCGAGGCAUACGUGCAGCGUCGUUUACUUCUAAACAUCGUCUGGUCGUUCUGUGGAGACUCGCAGCUGGACAUACGGGCUGAGCUGGGAGAACGUCUGCGUCAACAAUCCGGGGUAGAGACGCCGCAAGGCUCGCUGAUCGACUUUGAUGUCGACGUAGCGUCUGCAUCUUGGGUCGCGUGGCAGUCAAGAGUUCCUACAAUUGAUGUCGAAACCCACGCAAUCACGUCCGCCGACAUAGUGAUUCCGACGAUCGACACGGUCCGUCAUGAAGAAGUACUUUACAGUUGGUUAGCGGAGCACAGGCCUCUGAUCCUAUGUGGACCGCCUGGAUCCGGAAAAACCAUGACCCUGUUCUCAGCAUUGAGAAAGCUAUCCGAUCUGGAAGUCGUCGGUCUCAACUUUUCGAGCGCCACAACACCUGAGCUCAUUCUUAAGACCUUUGAGCAAUAUUGCGAGUAUCGAAAGACACCAAAUGGCGUGGUCUUGUCACCUAUUCAGAUGGGUCGAUGGUUGGUUGUGUUUUGCGAUGAGAUCAAUCUUCCCGCAACCGACAAGUAUGGAACGCAGCGAGUCAUCUCGUUCAUGCGACAACUUCUGGAAUGCAAUGGGUUCUGGAGGACAUCGGAUCUCGCUUGGGUCAAACUCGAGCGCAUUCAAUUCGUCGGCGCUUGUAACCCUCCUACAGACCCUGGACGAGUGCCUCUUUCUCAUCGAUUCUUGCGACAUGCGCCCGUCGUCAUGGUCGAUUACCCUGGCGAUAUUUCGCUCAAGCAGAUUUACGGGACCUUUAACAGGGGUCUACUCAAAGUCAUUCCCAACCUCCGUGGCUAUUCAGAAGCUCUCACGGACGCAAUGGUCGCAUUCUACGGCGCUUCUCAGAAAAAGUUCACCGCGGAUGAGCAAGCGCAUUACAUCUAUUCGCCGCGAGAGUUGACACGAUGGAGUCGCGGUAUCUACGAGGCCAUCAAGCCGCUCGAAACACUAUCCGUCGAAGGCUUGGUACGGAUCUGGGCGCAUGAAGCAUUACGCCUCUUUGGUGAUCGUCUCGUGACCGAAGUGGAGAAGACCUGGACAGACGAGAGAAUCGACGCGAUUGCUGCAGAGUAUUUCCCACAGAUCAAUCGAGAAGAGGCUUUGGUUCGACCCAUUUUGUUUUCUAAUUGGACCUCGAGGCAUUACAUACCCGUCGAUCGAGACCAGCUGCGCGAAUACACCAAGGCGAGACUCAAGGUUUUCCACGAGGAGGAGCUCGAUGUUCAGCUGGUUCUCUUCAACGACGUCCUUGAUCAUGUCCUCAGAAUUGACAGAGUUUUCCGCCAGGUGCAAGGUCAUGUGCUCCUGAUCGGAGUCAGUGGCGGCGGCAAGACCACACUAUCGCGCUUUGUCGCGUGGAUGAAUGGUUUGAGCAUCUUCCAGAUCAAGGUGUCGAACAAGUAUACUGGAGCGGACUUUGACGAAGAUUUACGGACUGUUCUUCGCAGAGCUGGCUGCAAAGGCGAGAAGAUCUGCUUCAUCAUGGACGAAUCCAACGUGCUCGACUCAGGCUUCCUCGAACGCAUGAACACUCUGCUUGCCAACGCCGAGGUCCCCGGUCUCUUUGAGGGAGAUGAGCACGCCGCACUCAUGACCGCUUGCAAGGAAGGUUCGCAACGAGAUGGUCUCAUGCUCGACUCGCCUGAAGAGCUGCACCGCUGGUUCACGCAACAAGUUGCGCGCAAUCUUCACGUUGUGUUCACUAUGAAUCCCCCGGCCAAUGGUUUAGCUUCGCGCGCCGCCACCUCGCCCGCUCUCUUCAACAGAUGUGUCUUGGACUGGUUUGGUGAUUGGUCCGAUCAAGCACUUUAUCAAGUAGCACUGGAGUUCACUGCGACCUUGGAUUUGGAUGGGGGCCUAUGGUCUGCUCCAGCUCCAUUCCCCAUCGCCUAUCGGGAACUGCCGAUGCCUCCCACUCAUCGUCAGGCGGUGGUCAACGCCAUGGUAUAUGUACAUCAGUGCAUGCAGAGCACGACUCUGCGCUUGGCAAAACGUCAGGGCAAGUAUAACCAUGUCACACCGAGACAUUUCCUCGACUUUAUCAACCACUAUGUCCGCCUUUUCAACGAGAAAAAGAGCGAGCUGGAAGAUCAACAGCGUCAUCUCAAUGUCGGUCUCGACAAGCUUCGCGAGACAGUCAGCCAGGUAGAAGAACUCCGUAAAAGUCUCGCCGUGAAGAAUCAGCAGCUUGAGACCAAGAACCACGAGGCGAAUCAGAAGCUGAGACAGAUGGUGUCUGAUCAGCAAGAAGCCGAGGCGAAGAAGGUGGCUUCGAUCCAAAUCCAGGCUGCGCUAGCGGAGCAGGAGGAGUUCAUCCGCCUGCGAUCCGAUAUUGUCAAGGCCGACCUUGCAGAGGCCGAGCCGGCGGUCUUGGAGGCACUCGCUGCGGUUGGAAACAUCAAGAAGCAACAUCUGUCCGAAGUACGAUCCAUGGCCAACCCUCCUGAAGCCGUGAAGCUCGCCAUGGAAUCCGCCUGCACAGUCUUGGGUCACCAGAUUGAUAGCUGGCGAGCUGUUCAAAGCGUUAUCAGGCGAGAAGAUUUCAUCUCAAGUAUUCAAAACUUUGACACCGGACGUAUGUCCAAGAGUGUUCGGGAUAGAAUGAUGCGUGAUUAUAUUGGCAAACCUGCAUUCAACUACGAGACGGUCAAUCGUGCCUCACGAGCUUGUGGGCCUCUGGUACAGUGGGUCAUUUCCCAAAUACGAUACUCGGACAUUCUCGACAAGGUGGCGCCACUUCGGGAGGAGGUUGCAUCUCUUGAAGCUCAAUCGGAGACUACCAAGCAGCAAGCCCAGAUUGUCAUGGAGACGGUCGCCGAGCUAGAAGAGUCGAUCGCGCAGUACAAGGAGGAAUACGCCCUACUCAUCAGCGAGACACAGGCCAUCAAGAACGAAAUGGAUAGGGUGCAAAGUAAAGUUGAUCGCAGUAUGACCCUGCUCGAGUCGCUCUCCUCAGAGCAGGAGCGAUGGGAUGCUGGUAGCAAGACCUUCGAUGUCGAGAUGGGCACCAUCGUGGGCGACGUCAUGAUCUCCGCCGCAUUCCUGGCCUAUAGUGGUUACUUUGAUCAACACUACCGAGAGACAAUGAAACGCGAAUGGCUGGAUCAUCUCACCGAAGCUGGCAUUUCGUUCAAGCUUGAUCUCGCAAUCUCCGAAUUCUUGUCGACAGCAGACGAACGAGCUCAUUGGCAGGCCAACAGCCUUCCCGCGGACAGUCUCUGCGUUGAGAAUGCUGUCAUGCUCAAGCAGUACAAUCGAUACCCGCUCAUCAUUGAUCCGACUGGUCAGGCUACCGCUUUCCUAGCCAAUGAAUACAAAGACCGAAAGAUCACCGUCACGAGUUUCCUGGACGAAUCGUUCGUGAAGAAUCUCGAGAGUGCCUUGCGUUUCGGGAAUCCACUGCUGAUCCAAGAUGUGGAGAAUUUGGAUCCUAUUCUCAAUUCCGUGCUGAACAAGGAACUCAGGCGGACAGGCGGACGAGUCCUCAUUCGCAUUGGCAACCAAGAUAUCGACUUUUCCCCUGCUUUCAACAUGUUCUUAACUACACGGGAUCCUUCUGUCGAGUUUUCGCCCGAUAUCUGCAGUCGAGUUACGUUUGUCAAUUUCACCAUGACCCGAAGCAGUCUGCAAACGCAGGCUUUGGACAAGGUGUUGAAGGUGGAGCGACCAGAAAUCGAUCAGCGCCGUAAAGAUCUUGUCAAUGCUCAAGGCGAGUUCCGCCUGAGACUACGCUAUCUCGAGCGUUCUCUACUACAAGCUCUCAAUGAAUCAUCCGGCAGUAUUCUGGACGACGACAAGGUCAUUGAAACGCUGGAAGUGCUGAAACGCGAGGCAUUCGAGAUUACCAAGAAGGUCGAGAUUACAGAUAUGGUCAUGAGGGAGGUCGAAUCGGUCACGGCAGAGUACAUGCCCCUCGCUCAGGCCUGCAGUGGUAUCUACUUCACACUCGAGCAGCUCGCGACCGUCAAUCAUUUCUACCAAUUCUCUCUGGCGUACUUUCUGGAGAUCUUCGACCACAUUCUGUUGCAAAACCCCCGUUUGAAUGGAGUCAGGGACCCCAACGAGCGGAAACAGAUCCUGUUGGACGACAUAUUCCUUGAAACGUACAAAAGAGCCUCACGGACGCUUCUCCAUGCCGACCACCUUGUCCUCGCGAUCACGCUCGCCAAACUGAGACUCAAAGGUGACAGUGGCGAAGCUGUGUUGGACGAACUCGAUGCUAUUCUGCAAUUGCCUCCGGGGACAGGGCAAGAUGAUUUCCAUCUUAGCCAGGAUCAGCAGAGGAGCUUAACAGCUUCCCUCGGCCCAGAGAUGUUCAAGACGCUCCAGGCGAAUCUAUCGCAGUCGGAAUGGGAGAGUUUCCCCGGGGAGAUGCCUUGGCCUUGGUUGCCAGCGGACGAUCUCGUCAAGGCGGCCCGCAAGGUCACUCUUGUCCGUCUCUUCCGACCCGAUAAGGUCAUGUCUGCCUUAUCUACUCUCGCGGACAAAUCAUUCCAAACGGACCUCAUCAGUCAAGCAGCGUACGACCUCGAAUCGAUCGUCAACAACGAGGUUGGCGUGCACCCUGUUGCGCUGGCCUCUGUCCCAGGAUACGAUGCGAGUUACCGUGUCGACAAUAUGGUGCGGUCGAUGGGGGUUACAUGUGCUUCCGUUGCGAUGGGAUCUGCGGAAGGUUUCACACUCGCCGAACAAGCCAUUGCCAAUGCCGCUCGGACUGGUACCUGGGUCUUGCUCAAGAAUGUCCAUCUUGCUCCUGGUUGGCUGGGUCAACUCGAGAAGCGACUGCAGAGUCUCUCGCCGAAUCGCAAUUUCCGCCUGUUCCUCACUAUGGAGACGAACCCAUCUGUACCUGUCAACCUCCUACGUCACUCACGUAUCAUUAUGAACGAGCCGCCUCCUGGUGUCAGGGCCAACUUGCUUGACACGCUGCGCGGACUUCCUCAAUCCAAGCUCGUCACUGGACCGGCCGAGAAGCCUCGGUUGCUGUUCCUUCUGUCUUGGUUCCACGCGGUCGUCCAGGAGCGUCUCCGAUACCUCCCUCUCGGAUGGAGCAAAGGCUACGAGUUCAAUGAUUCUGACUUCGAUGCGGCACUGGGGACAAUCGAUUCUUGGCUCACGACACUGGCGAAGGGCAAGGCGAAUGUCGACCCGGCUCAGAUUCCAUGGGUCGCCAUUCGGACGCUUAUCAAACAAGCCGUCUACGGGGGUCGUGUAGACUCUGACUAUGAUCAGCGUGUCGUUGACGCGUUUGUGGAUCGAGUGUUCAGUCCACGAGCUUACGAGUCGGAAUAUAUCCUCGCACCUGGCGUCACUGUGCCCGAAGGUACCCAAGUGUCUCAAUUCAUCGAAUGGGCAAGUCGUCUACCUGAGCGAGAGCCCCCGAGCUGGUUGUGCCUGCCACUGUCGGCAGAGUCGGUGGUUGCAGCCGCUGAAGGCGACAACGUGAUGGUGAAACUGCGCAAGAUGCGGAGUGCGGAGGACGACGGCGACGACGCGGCGACUGGAAUCGCCACAGAGGGACCACCGGCAUGGAUGGCCUCGCUGAAAGCUCAUGCCGAAGGAUGGCUCACUGCGAUACCCAAAACUCUCAGCACACCACCUGCAGAGGCCUCCCCUCUGGGUAGAUUCUUCGCUCGCGAGGCGUCGACUGGACAACGAUUGUUGCAGAGGAUCCGCGCGGAUCUAUCGGACUUGGUGUUGGUCUGCGGUGGUCAAAUGAGACAAACCAAUGAGCUCCGGUCGCUCAUAUCCGAGCUUGUCAAAGGCUCCAUUCCUUCGCACUGGCGCAGGUACAAGACUCCAAAUGGACUGGACGUCGGUCAAUUUGUGUCGAAUCUGAUCGAACGACUCACUCAACUGGAAAGUAUCGCUUCGCGACCCGAAGCCAAGCGUAGCAUCUGGCUCGGCGGUUUGUUCCAGCCCGAAGCAUAUGUCACUGCCACCCGACAGACUGUGGCACAUCAAAAGGGAUGGUCGUUGGAACAGUUAAUUCUGAGUCUGGACGUGGAGGAAGACGGCGACCCAGAUGCCUUUACUGUGCAGGGACUCAAGCUUGAAGCUGCUGCGUGGCAAGAUGGUCUUCUCCGUCUCAACGACGGUCAAUCGGUGCUCUUGGGUCCUUCCCAACUGACUUGGGUUCGAAAAGAUGUCAUGCCUGCCCGUAAACAUGCCGUCAAUGUUCCUGUCUACCUCAACGGAGAUCGAGCGGCUGUCUUGUUCAGCGUGGACUUGGAGACUGAAGGGUUGGAUCAAGCUGUGGUCGCUCAGAGCGGAGUGUGUCUGACGGCUUGA